CUGUCUUCAACUUUUAUCUCUUUUUAUUGUUUAUUUGUUUGUUUUCUCUGUGUUCUCUCUUGGAUGAAGUGCUUGGUCUUUUUAUUCAGUGCCCAAAGGCAUGGGGGUCCGAAAGCCAAAAGAAUCCUUCACUCUCCCGCUCUCUCUCUUUCUCUUUCUCUCUGCUACCCUCAUCUGUUGCUUCUCACUGGCUAUUUACUCCUUUAUUGUUUUGGCAGGCUGAUCUCUCAUCCUCCCACUCCUCCUCCUCUAUCGCACACUUGUCUCUCUCUCACAUUUUCUCUCUCAGUCAUUUGGCAACUUCACUUCUUUUUGUCAGUGUGGCCAAAAUAUGAAGGACAAGAGGGGGUGAGUGAGCGAGCAGAGGAUUAAGAGUAAUCAAAUUCACAGAAGAACGAUGCAUAUUUGUCCCUUCUGCCGACCACGUGGACUGGGAAUGUGUCGCUAGUACAGUCACCGACACGGAUGUUCUUUGCAGCUGACUGUGCACGUGACCUGGCAGAGUCAAACGACCUGCUGGUAAAACACAGAACUGUUGCUCAACGGGAGUGCAGGAAGUGACUGCCAUGAAGGCAGCCCAGGCCUCUGUGCUCUUGCACUCUGCUUCUGUGCAGGAAAAACCAACGCGCUUCGUCUAAUAUCAAGGAGUCUCCCUAGUGAUGCUUCUUUUCCUUUCUGUAUUCUUGUAAAUGUAUGUUCAUCUUAAAGGUCAAGGCGCUGCACUCUUUUCAGUGCUUCUCUGCUCGGCUUCACAGAAAUCUCUCCGUCUUUUAUAAACUGCAGCCUGCUGGUUCUUGGCCUGUGAACAUUAGAUCAUCUCGGGCCUAUCUAGCAAAUAAACUAUUGUCAAUCAAAUUAGAGAUUGUUGGUAUUCAGAUCAAUGUCACACAUCGCAUCUCUCAGCGGCCAGAGACCAAUCACAUGCUGAACUUAAAGCAAGCAUCCAUUAAAAGCACGCGGCCAACGGGAAUCCCACCGUGGAGCCUUUUCCAGAACGCAUGGAGACCAUCAUGCUUGGUCUAGGCUGUUUCUGGGGAGCGGAGAGACUUUUCUGGCGAAUUCCCGGAGUCUACACCACACAGGUGGGCUACGCCGGCGGCUUUACACCCAACCCCACUUACCACGAGGUCUGCUCAGGCCUGACCGGUCACACUGAGGUGGUGAGGGUGGUCUUCUCCCCUGAAGACGUCAGCCUCGAGGAGCUGCUGAAGCGCUUUUGGGAAAACCACGAUCCUACACAAGGCAUGAGGCAGCAGAAUGACCACGGCACUCAGUAUCGUUCAGCCAUUUACACGUCCAACCCACAUCAACAGGAGGCUGCAUUGAAGAGCAAAGUUGCCUUCCAGCAGGAGCUGGAUAAAAAAGGUUACGGUCAAAUCACCACAGAGACCCGGGAGGGGCAGCGGUUUUACUACGCUGAGGACUAUCACCAGCAGUAUCUGAAGAAGGUCCCUAAGGGCUAUUGUGGCCUCAAAGGAACCGGAGUCUCUUGUCCCAUCGGAGCCGGAAAGGAUGAACUGUGAGGGAUAAAUGGUGGGAGAGAUAAGGACGAGGAAUUUGGAAGGUUGUUAUUUGGGCAUUGAUUAAUACAAAUCUAUUCUUUUUGAUGCACUUGUUAAUUAUAUUUUCCAUAUAACAUAUUUUUCUAUACAGUCGGAUUGCAAAUAUAUUACUAAGCUUCAUUGAACGUUUUUAUCAGAGCUAAAACAUUCGUCUGUGAAAACAAUGUCAGAAUUAUUGGCCAAUGUGUGCGCACAUGAACAUCAUUUUACUGCUGUUGUUGCUCUCGAUGUACUUACAAAAUAGAGAAUAGACAGUUUAUACAAAUAAACUAUGUAAUACUAAUAUCUACAUAUAUUAGAAUUGGUCAACUCACUAAAACUUUGUAAAGAUUUCUAAACUGUAAGACAAUAUAAGACUAUAAUUUGCUAUAUGAGAGAACUGUGAAAUAGAGAGGCAAUACAAAAUUCUUUGCAUAAGAUGUAAAAUGCAUUAAAACACUUUUUAAAAAGAGGAAAGAAAGGGAAUGAAAAUGAAUGAAAGGGGAAUUAAACCUGAGGUUGUAGUGCACUCGGAGCGGUUUCUGGUUGGACUGCAGUAUCCGUCAGCGUCCACAAGGUGGCAACGUUUCAUAAAGAGCGGAGUGUCAGAAUGCUUUCGUUGCAUCCUCCGUAAGUAUUUGGAUUUUAGGCCGAUUAGACAUGUAAAGAAAGUAAAAGUGACUUUAUUUUGUUUUCUCAAUCUUGAAAUAAUAAAUGUAUCUCAAACCA